AUGGUCAGCGUUUAUGGAGACAAGAACUACCCCACAAAGGAAAUCACCUAUAGUAUAGAAAUUGACUUGACGAAGCGCCAACAGGAUCAGCAGAAAGCGAUAUGGGAACUUUUACAGACAGAACUCCAGUAUAUACGCUCGACACGAGUCAUAUCCGAUUUAUUUUUAUGCGUCCUCCUUAAUCUACAAAAUGAGCUCAUAUUAAACGAGAUUGAGACUCACAAGUUGUUUAACAACAUAUCGGAGAUCUCCGCAGCUAACGCAGAGUUCUGGCGUAACCAUCUCCGGAAAGUCCUGGAGGAGACGCGGAAUAACGCCACACCCCUCAACCCCUCCCUCAUGAAACAAGGCUUCCAUAUGUACCAUGAUAUUUUCCAACCCUAUGUGCAAUACUGUGCCAGACAGAAGGUCUGCACCGACUACAUGAAAUCCCAGUAUAAUGAAAACGACCUCUUCAAAACAUUUGUCAUUGUAAAGGCACAGAGCCGGUGUAACCGUCUCAAGCUGACCGAUCUACUGGUCAAGCCAAUGCAGAGACUGACCAAGUACUCGCUUCUCCUCCAGGCGAUAUUGAGAAAAACAGAAGAUGACCAUCAGAGAAGAGAUUUACUUGAAAUGAUAGCCAGUGUGGAUCGGUUUGUCCACCACGUGAACGCAACGCUACAUCAGCAACACGAGGAGGAGAAACUACAGGCAAUCGUGGACAAGAUAGAGCCGUACGAUGCGGUAGAUGCGCCAAAUGAUGAAUGUCUUAAGCUCAUUCAGCCGUACAACAGCAACUUUAACUUGACAGCGCCAAUGCCGGGCUGUACGGUCGGUCAGACUCGAGGGCUUGUGAUGCAGUCGCCACUCAAGAUGAAGGAAUACCAAAAUAGGAUGGAUGUUGAAUGUCUGCUAUUUACGGAUCUGCUUCUGAUUUGCAAGGCAAACAAGCGCAUGGACAAAUACAAGAUCGUUAAACCUCCGAUGAGGGUGGAUAGGAUAAUUACGCAUGAACUGAAAGACAAAGGGAGUUUCCUGUUGAUCUACGUGAAUGAGUACCACGUCCCUGUGUCGUCAUUCACCUUCCAUGGCGACCAGAACGCUGUGCACAUCUGGGUCACACAUAUCAAAAAGGCUCAGGACCUGUUCCAAGAGGCGAAGGUGGCAUCAGCCCAUCACGAUAAGGCAAUGUUCCCACAGUCCGAAAUUAUCACCGAAGAAGUUAUCGGCUACACCCCACUCGGUAUGGUCGAAGGCUCCGACGGUCUACCUCUCUUGCAGCUUAUACGCUGCGCUAGCGAAGAACCUGACAGCCUUCCAAGGUCGUGGAAUGAGAUGACAUCAAGUAGCUCAGAAUCGAGAUCGACAAAUCCUCAUGUGCCUCAGUAUGUUGACGCUGGGACCGGGACGAGUGGUAACCAUGGGGUAGUGAUGGUGUCCAGUGCUAGUGACUUAGAACGCGUGUCUAAUAAUGUGACUCCAAAUACAGGUGGACAUGCAACAGUGCAAUAUUCGAAAUCUGAUCCAACUGUGUUUAGCCAGUAUAUCGGAGAUGACAAACUCCAAGUGCCCGGUUUGUCAGUGUCGGCAGGCACGAGUGAAAGUGACAUGUCAAGUCUGCCAGAGUUUGUUGACGUGAACAUGAAGUCAAAAUUAUACCAGCGACGGCAAUCUAGGACAGAGAAACGCUACCACACAGCUGACGCUGCGCAGGAGCUGAAUAAAAAUCAGGAUCGUGAUAACAGUAUACACAAACGCCUCAGUUGGAAUUUUCCAAACGGGGACAUUGGGUCUGAUAAACAGGGUGUGCUUAAAUCUAAGGUUAUGAGCUCAGACUCUAUUCGCAGUAUUCCAAGCUCUAGUGGUGUAUCUUCGACGGGCUCGCUCCACUUAAGCCCUGAUGGUGACAUUUGUGAAGUGGACAGUGACCUCGAAAUGAACGACUUUGAUCACCAAAUACCUCAUGAUAUGAACGAAGACGAUAUUGAUUAUUACACCAAUAGCUCACAACACACAAAGUCAAAAUCGACACCGGAUAUCGUGAGUCUUAUGCAGGAUUUGAAUACGGGGGAAAUUGGAGAGAUGAAGGAUGGCAUAAAAUCGGUCGAUUCGCCAUACUGUGAGGACCCGAAUAUCAGACUAUCGCACGCUAAGCUGUUGAGAAUGAAGAAACAGCUGUUACUGAGCUCAAAUGUUGAGGCCAGUGAGGUUUAGAGCGAGGCUGUUCCAAUCACCUCCCCCCGCUGGUAGUCAUGACAUCUCAUCUGUGAUACUGUACCCCACCCACUUUCACCAUUAUACUUACAACUGACUCAUCGUUGUCAACCAUCGCUAUGGAAACCACAUAAACAUCUUAUAUUCUAGAAUCUUUAUAUACACAUUGAAAAUGUCUCAAAUAAUUAACUGAAUAUCUAUAUGCAUUUAUUAUUGUACUGUUUUUUGAGCAGGUAAUAUUAUAUAUAGUUAUUAAUUGUUACUAUAUACUAAUAUUUCUAACUGUUACAUUUUUGUUAUAAAAUGAAUGUUAAUGUACAUUAAACAUCAUAUCCAUUUUUACAGCAGAAAAGUUUAUA